UAGUAUCAGUAUGAUCAGUAUAGAGACACAGAGGGCCAAAGAGGAAUUGUUACCCUAAAGAUAAGGGAAACUUCCUAUAGUUACACUCCUGGCCAUUUCCUCUUCUCUUCUUCUCUACUCUUCCUCCUAAACUAAGUCCGCCCUCCUACGGACGAGCCAAAAGAAAAUUGCGUUUUCCUUUAAUCGGUGUUAACAGCAACAGCAACAUUCAAACAGUUUAAGAACCUUAACUCGAUGAACACUUUGUUGAAAUUUAAUAUUCACUUAAAAAACGAAACAUAUCUGAACAAAUACAAAUCUUUAUAUCAUUAUCAUUAAUAUUAUCUUUAUCAUCAUCAUCAUCAUCAUCAUCAUCAUUAUCAUCAUCAGUGUUAAAAUUGUCAAUUAAAACGUAACAAUAUCUAUUUUCUUCAUUUGUUAUUUACUAAAGUGUAUUAAGAAUUGUCAUCGAGUUGUCGAAUGUUUUGUUUUCGUGUCAUAAUACUGUGGAAAGUUUAUUGAUUCUCUUUCACCAGGUGGAAACUAGCAAUCAAAUUGAAAGCUCACCUAUUAACUGAUUCAUAUUUUUUCGAAUAUACAUAAUAAUAAUAAUAUUUUAAUUAUUAAAAGGGAUUGAUUAAAUUAAAUUGAGUCAAGAUGAAGGUAGGACUAUUGAAAAAUUGUUUAUGUUACUUCAGUCUCCGUCAAGGUACCAUAUUAAUUGCAGUAAUGCAAUUGUUUAUGUCCGGAUUUAUUAUUGAUUUUUUCGUCCUGGCAUUGGCACAUGCUAUGGGAAUUCAAGAAAUGGUGGUGAGAGAUACCGAGGAUGCACUCGAGAGGGAAGCUUUGGAGGAUAUAUCCUCCAAUUAUCUUAACACUAAAAAAAUGGACAUGGCUCACCACAAUGCUACUGAGACCAUUUAUUCUAUUUAUUGUGGAUUGGUUAUCACUGUGAUACACUUUAUGACUUCAAUUCUAUUACUUUAUGGUGCAUUAAAGAACAAACGUCAUUUUAUGGCACCUUGGAUGAUGGUAAUGAUGACGACAAUAUCAGCAUUUACAAUAUCCUUGUUCCUGGUUGAACAGGAUUGUCCAUUCAUUGCUAUUCUCGGUGGCAAAGCAGACAUUUGUGAACGUGUAAUCGUGUUGUUAUUUGUUAUCACGAGUUCCUAUUUAUGGUUCGUCGUGUAUAGUACGUACAAGAGUCUUGAAAUAAAAAAAGGAUUGACUCAUGAAGUACACAGUGUCAACAAGAAAGAUCCAUUACCAAUUGCAGAAGGUUCAAAAUCGUUUCAUGUGGCAGCUAAUAAACCUUAUGAGGUUUAAAAUUGUUUUCUUUUA